UCUGGCGAAUUCACAUUGCCCACAGAUUCCCUAUUUCAAAACAAGAAGAAGAAAGGAAAUUGCCAAAAACCAAAAUCCAGUAACUCUUUCUUUUUUCUUGUGUUGCCUUCUCUCUCUCUGAAAACUUGUCCUUUUUACAGUUAAGGACUCAGUGGAGUGUCAGAACCUGCAUGCCCAGAAUAUAAUGCCCAUCUCCUAGAGAGAGAGAAAGUGCGACUUUGUGCCUUACAGACGUAGAGAGAGAAAAUGGGGUAAGGUGUUCAGUGUUCUGUUUCUACCACAUCUUCAUACGAGGUUCUCACUCCCAUUGCCAGAUUCCAUGUUUUUGGGGUGUGAGGGAUGUGAAAUGGAUUAAAGUUCGGUGCUUUUUGUAGUUUUCUGGGUGCCCAUUUGCAUAGUUUUGUGUUUUCGUCUCAUUUGUGUGGUCGGUGGAGUUGGGGUAGUUCAUCAAGUUCGUUUCACUUGGCAAGUUCUUGAUCUCUUGACGUGAUUUUGAAUUGGGGGCGUUGCUGGAGCAAGAAAUUUAAUAAACAACGAGGUUUUUGAGGUGUACCCAAUUGAGCAGGUAAAAUAAGAGGAGAAACGGACCUAAAGAGUCUGAAAUUAGAUCAACAUUGGUGGUGGAAUCUAUAGUCUGGUCUGGAUCCCAUAUCAAGCUUUUGCAAAUUCAAUCCAGCUUUACUGCUGUUCUUUGCUGGAGUUAUGGGAACCUUGUUACAUUCUGAGUCAAGGCGCUUAUACUCUUGGUGGUGGGACAGCCACAUUAGCCCAAAGAAUUCAAAAUGGCUCCAGGAGAACCUUACAGACAUGGAUGCCAAAGUAAAAGCAAUGAUCAAGCUUAUUGAAGAGGAUGCAGACUCAUUUGCAAGGAGGGCAGAGAUGUACUAUAAGAAGCGGCCAGAACUCAUGAAAUUAGUUGAGGAAUUCUACCGAGCAUAUCGUGCAUUAGCAGAGAGGUAUGAUCAUGCGACAGGGGAGCUACGCCAGGCCCAUAAAACCAUGGCAGAAGCAUUUCCCAACUUGCUGACUGAUGAUUCACCAUGUAGUUCUUCAGGCACUGGACCUGAGCCACACACACCAGAAAUGCCACAUGGCUCACAUCCAAUUCGUGCAUUAUUGGACUCAGUUGACCUACAGAAAGAUGCCUUUGGGUUUUCUUCAAUCCAAAAUACUUUAAAAAUGAAUGGAGAGAGUUUAGAAGAAUCUGCAAAUGGUCUAAGUCGAAAGGGUCUAAAGCAGCUAAAUGAAAUUUUUGGGUUCUCUCAAUUAUCAGCUGAAAAACAGAAUGCGAAGGCCCAGAUUCAUGCUGAUUCUGAGCAUGCACAGAAAGCUGAAAGUGAAGUUCAAACCUUAAAGAAAGCACUGGAAGAUAUACAGUCUGACAAGGAUUCUAUCUUUCUUCAAUAUCAGAAGAGUUUGGAGAAGUUAUGUGAAAUAGAAAGAGAGCUAAAUGAGGCCCAAAAAGAUGCUGGAGGCCUUGAUGAACGAGCAAGCAAAGCUGAAAUCGAAAUCAAAGUACUGAAAGAAGCCUUAGCAGAGCUUAAAUAUGAGAAGGAUGCCGGUCUACUUCAGUACAAGCAGUGUGUGGAAAGGAUAGCUAGUCUGGAGACUACGUUGUCUCUGGCCCAGAUGGAUGCAAAGGGAAAUGAUGAAAGGGCUGCUAAAGCGGAAACUGAAGCUAAAAAUCUCAGAAAAGAACUUGCCACAUUGGAGGCUGAGAAGGAUGCUGCUCAUCUUCAAUAUAAACAAUGUCUUGAAAAGAUAUCUGUUUUGGAGGCUAAGAUCACCCAUGCUGAGGAGAAUUCCAGGAAAUUAAAUGAGCAAAUUGAAAGAACAGAGCUAGAAGUUAAAUCAUUGAAGAAAAAUAUUGCUGAGCUGAAUGGAGAGAAAGAAUCUGUAACUGUCUUGUACAAGCAGUGCUUGCAGAAAAUAUCUACUUUGGAGAGUGAAAUUUUGCUUGCCCAAGAAAUUUCUGAACGACUAAAUAGAGAAAUUGAGAUUGGGGCUGAAAAACUAAAGACUGCUGAAAAACAUUCUGAUAUGUUGGAGACAUCAAAUCGAUCUCUUCAGCUAGAGGCUGAUGUUCUAUUGCAGAAGAUUUCUUUGAAAGAUGAAAAGCUUUUAGAGAAGCAUACCGAGUUAGAGAGACUGCAGACUGUGAUGCAUGAGGAGCAGUCUCGUUUUCUUCAAAUCGAGUCUACUCUGCAUACUCUACAGAAGUCAUACUCUCAAUCACAAGAGGAGCAAAGAUCUCUUGCUUUGGAACUUAAACAUGGCCUUCAGCUAUUGGAGGACUUACAGCUUUCCAAACAAGGUUUUAGGGAAGAAAUGCAACAGAUUGUGGAAGAAAACAGGACUUUGCAUGAACUUAACUUCUCUUCCACUAGGUUAUUAAAAAAUCAGCAAACGGAAAUUUCAGAGCUGAAGAUGAUCAAAGAGAAACUUGAACGAGAGUUUGCUGUAAAAGUUGAAGAAAGUAAUCUCCUCCAACGGGAAUCUCAUCAAAUAAAGGAUGAAAUCCAGGGCUUGAAUAAUAGAUAUCAGGCUAUACUGGAAGAACUAGGUUCUGUAGGUUUGAAUCCUAAAUCUUUUGCACUAUCUGUGAAGGAUUUACAGAAGGAGAACACAACGCUAAAGGAGGCAUGCAAAAUGGAGCGAGAUGAGAAAGAAGCUCUGCGUGAAAAGUCGAAGGAUAUAGAUAAGCUUUUGAGCGAAAAUGCCUUUAUGGGAUCUUCCCUGUCAAAUUUGAAUAAUGAGCUGGGUGGAUUAAGGGAUACAGUGAAGAAAUUUCAAGAAUCCUGUGGUGUUCUGCAGGAAGAAAAAUCCAUUCUUGUCGCUGAAAAAUCAUCUUUACUUUCUCAGUUACAAAUUAUCACUGAAAGUAUGCAGAAUCUAUUGGAAAAGAAUACCUUGCUGGAGAAGUCCCUUUCUGAUGCAAAAAUUGAGCUUGAAGGUUUAAGGGCUAAAUCAAGUAGCUUGGAAGAAUUUUGCAAUUUACUGAAUAAUGAAAAGCACAAUCUUCUGAAUGAAAGAAGUGUCCUGGUAUCUCAAUUGGAGAGUGUUGAAGCAAAACUAGGUAAUCUGGAAAAAAGGUUUACAAAGUUAGAAGAAAAAUAUUCUGAUAUGGAGAAAGACAAAGAAAGCCGAGUCAGUCAAGUAGAAGAACUCCAUUCUUUGCUUUUGACCCAAAAAGAAAAGCAUGCUAAUCAAAAACAUUCAAGUGAAGCCCGGAUGGCCAAUUUGGAGAAUAUUGUUCUUCGGUUACAGGAAGAACGCCGGUUGGGGAAGAUAGAAUUUGAAGAAGAACUUGAUAAAGCUGUUAAUGCUCAGGUUGAGAUGUUUAUUUUGCAAAAGUGUGUUGAAGACUUGGAGCAGAAGAACAUGGGUUUAUUAAUUGAAUGUCAAAAACACGUGGAGGCAUCAAAAUUUUCUGAUGAAGUUAUCUCUGAGUUGGAGAGUGAAAACCUUAUGCAACAGAUGGAGCUAGAGUUCUUGUUAGACGAAAUCAGAAAGUUUAAAAUGGGGAUUCAUCAAGUGCUUGCAGCUCUUCAGGUUGAUUCAGGUGGGGGGCAUGGCAAAGGGAUCAAGCAAGAGGAAAUGCCUAUAUCGCAUAUUUUGAAUAAUAUUGAGGGCUUGAAAGGCUCUCUUGUGAAAACCCAAGAGGAGAAGCUGCAACUACUUGUAGAAAAUUCUGUCCUCCUAACUGUACUUUCGCAACAAGAAUUUGAGGGAGAAGAACUGGUGUCAGAGAAAAGGAUCCUAGAGCAAGAGUUUGAAAAUACAAGAGAGCAGCAUGCAAUGUUGCAGAAGGUUAAGCUUGAACUUCUGGAGAUGAACAGGCAACUUAGGUCUGAAGUGACCAAGGGAGAAGAAAAGGAGAGUGAAUUACGGUCCAAAUUGGAAGCCCUUCAUGUGGAGUUGAUAGAUUUGCAAAGAACCAAUCUAGUGUUUGAGGAAGAAAACUGUAAGUUAGUUGAGGAGAAAAAUUUACUACUUGGGAGUGUUUUGGAGCUCAAAGAUGCAAAGUCUGCUGCUGAACAAGAGAAUAGUGUAAUCCUCCAUGAGGCACUGGCUCUAAAAAACCUUAGUUUGGUUUAUGAGUGCUUUUUCACUGAGAAGGUCUUGGAACAACGUGCACUUGCUGAACAUCUCAGUGGUCUUCACUCUGUGAACAAUGACCUUAAACGGGAGCUUGGUCUGUUAAGGGAGAAGUUUGAAGUGAAAGAAGCUCAGAAUGUUUAUUGGAAGGAGUCAGUUGAGAGGAUGGACAAAGAUCUGCAUGAAGCCAAAUCUGAAAAUAACCAUUUAAAUUGUCAGGUUGAAAGUUCAGAGCAUCUUCUUGUGAAGAAGAAUGCAGAACUGUUAGAAAUGGAGGAAAGGCUAAAGGCUGCAGAAAUGUUGAGUGCAGAGUUUUGCAGAGAUAUUGAGAAAUUGAAGAUGGGAAAACAACAAUCAAGACUGAUCAAUGAAAAUCUUGAAAGGCAGAUUCUUGAACUAUCAGAAGGUUGCAUGAGUCACAAAAAAGAAAUUGAGCAUCUUAACGAAGCAAACAGAAGUUUACUGUCAGAGAUGAGAUCCUUACGUCAAGAAGUUGAACAACAGAGGGCUAGGGAGGAAACAUUGAGUUCAGAGCUUCUGGAUAAAACAAACGAAUUUGAACUUUGGGAGGCUGAGGCUGCUACAUUCUAUUUUGAUCUUCAGAUUUCGUCCAUUAGUGAAGCAUUAUUGGAAAACAAGGUCACCGAGCUUACUGGAGUAUGCAUGAGACUUGAAGAUGAAAGUGAUGCAAAAAGCUUGGAGAUUAAACAGAUGACAGAAAGAGUCUGUCUACUGGAAAGUGAAAUUGGAGGACUGAAAGGGCAGUUAUCUGCAUAUAAUCCAGUCAUUAGUUCAUUGAAAGAGGAUUUUGCUUCUUUAGAACACACUGCCCUAGUUCGGAUAAACAAAAUGCCUGUUGAAUGCAAUCAAGAACAAAAGGAUGCAGUAAUUGAAACUUGUCUCCAUGAAAAUGGCUAUCAAAGUUCAAGAGAUAACAAAAGCACUUUGAUACCAGAUGGGGUUUCAGAUUUGCUGAGUGUGAAGGCAAGGAUUAGAGCGGUUGAAAAAUCAAUGGUGGAAGAAAUCAAGAAGCUUGUGAAGGAAGACAAUUUAACCACUAAAGCUAAUCCAGGAGCUCUGACAAAGGCAACAAAUGUGGAAGUUUCACCCUAUGUGGAGAAUUGCAACAGAAAAGAAGACAAGGUACCCAAGGAUGAGAGCACACAUGAUGUCAACUCGUGGAGAACAAAAACUGAAAAUGGGUCAUUGAUGAAAGAUAUUCCACUUGAUCACAUCUCAGACAAUUCAGCCUCCAAAAGUUGCAGGAGAGAAAAUAGUGGUACUGAUGAUCAGAUGCUUGAAUUAUGGGAAACUGCCGAGCAAGAUUGCUUUGCUAGUUCCAUGAUUAGUGAAGCAAUGAAACAAAGUUCUGUUCCAACAGAGGAUGUUAUUGCAUACCAUCAGUCAGAUCAUUCAGGUAAAUUCCAAAAUACCUCUUCAGAAUUGGAUGUGGAAAAGGAAUUGGGUGUUGACAGGCUUCAGUUGUCGAGAAGUAUAAAAGAGAGAACUCAAGAUGGCAAGAGGAGAAAGAUACUGGAGAGGCUUUCUUCUGAUGCGCAGAAACUGACCAUUCUGAAGACAGCUGUGCAAGAUUUGAAACAGAAAAUGGAGACGAAGAGAAGCAAGAAGGGAGUCGACACUGAAUAUGAAACAGUCAAAAGACAAAUAGACGAAGUUGAGGGAGCUGUUGUCAAAUUAGUAGAUACUAAUGAUCAACUGACAAAGGAUCUUGAAGAGAGCGCCCCAUCUCUAAACAGGCAGACUUCAGCCGAGUUGGAAAAGAGUAGACACAUCCAGAGAAAAAGAGUAACCGAGCAGGCGCGAAAAGGUUCUGAACAGAUAGGAAGGUUGCAGUUUGAGGUGCAGAACAUCCAAUACACUUUGCUGAAAUUGGCUGAUGAAAAGAGCAAAGGGAAGAGCAGAUUCACUGGAAAAACAGUGGUCUUGCUUAAGGACUUUAUUCACAGUGGCAAGAGAAGUAGCAAAAAGCGCAACAAGGGGUUCUGUGGAUGCUCAAGGCCUUCAACUAAUGAGGACUAAGUGAGAAAAUUUAGAAUCAUUUUGUUGUAAGUACCUUCUUUAAUUGGUAUGUGUCUAAUCUUAGCAUAAUAAUUUUAAUUUUAGCUGUUAAAGAUGCUGUUAGGCUUUAUCUGAUCACAGUAACUUAUGUCAGAUUUGUAUGUUCUAGCUUUCAGAGGACAUGUACUGAGCGACAUUUUCGCUAAGGAGUUGCGCUGUCAUGUUUGACAAUGUUUAAGCUAUGAAAGCACAGAGCAGAGAAUAAAGCUUUUCACCCUUUCUUCAACA